AUGCCAACUCGUGACAUCCGCUCGUUCGCCUCGCGAAUCAGCGAGGAACCGGAUAUAACCAUCUCUUGCGGCGAGGAUAAUCACAAGGUCCACCGAGCCAUCAUCAGUCUGAAGUCCGAAGUCCUAGCCGCCAUGUGUCGCCGCGGAACAUUCAUCGAAGACGAAACUGGAGUGAUCAACCUACGCGACGAUGACCCCGAAGCAGUCAACAUCAUGGUCCAACAUAUCUACGACGAGCCCUACAAGAUCAGCCCACAGAAUAAAAAAGACGAGUCUAGCGCCCGACUGAGUCUACAAGUCUACGCCAUCGCCGACAAAUACAUGAUCGAGCCGCUCGCCGUGUCCGCUCGAAAUGAAUUCAAAAGCUGGGCCGCGAUGGCAAUGUGCACAGAUUCCUGGGCGCGCAUCGUGGAAGAGAUCUGGGAGGGCGAUGGAUAUUCGGGCCUCUAUCCUGCCAUCGAGAAGCUGAUUGCGGGAGAUAUUGAUUACAUGCUUGGUGAUGAAUGGCGACCCUUCAUCGACAAGGGGAUGAGAUUUGGGAGGUUCUCGACGGAUUUCCUGCGCGGAAUUGUGGAGAAGAAGGACUUUGAUGCUUACGAGGGAGAAGGGGAAGGGGAAGCGCUGUUUGAGAUGGGAAAGUUCGAGGACUUGGAGAAGAAGAUCGAUGGUCUGGAGUAUACGGUCUCGAAUCUGGAACAUGCGGUUAAGGGUCUGGAGAAUACGAUCAAGGAUCUGGACCAUACAAUCAAGAGUCGGAAAUAG